AUGGUAAGUGUAUUAACCUCAGUAGAUGAUGUGAACAAAGUAGUCGGAGACACAUCUUGCAGACUUGUAGUUAUAAGGUUUGGAGACAAAGAAGAUCCGCUGUGCACCCAUACAGAUGCACUUCUAGAGAAGAUAUGUCCUCUCCUUUCUAAUUACGUUGAUAUAUAUGUUUGUGAAAGAAACUCAGUAAAGGAACUUGAAGAAGUGAUGAGGUUAGACUCGCCUUUGAAUAUCAUGUGUUUCUUUAACAGGAGACAUAUAAAAAUAGAUUGUUCAAGUGGAGACAACGACAAAAUAAAUUUCCUAGUGGAGAAUGAAGAAAUGCUUGUAGAAAUAUUUACACUGGCAUACAAGGCAGGUGUAAGAGGAAAAGGAAUUAUAAAAUCUCCGUUUAAGGUCCAAGAGCUGCAAGGAGAAUUAUAA